CCUUGUUCGAGCGAAAGGGGCAUGCGCGAGCACUCACUUCCUCCGCGGCUCGUGUCUCUCUUCGCUGUGUGUGUGUUGAUAGCGGCUUUUACUUCCACACGUGCAAUCAUUCCUAUGUGAAUCUAUUUCUGUUUGGAGCCGCUUCUAAACUCGUUCUGCACCGUCACAACAGGUGUUAAAGCCAUAGAAACGGACCACCAUGGGGGCAUAUCUGUCGCAGCCUAACACCACCAAGACCUCUUCGGAUGGCGGCAACAGCAACAUGAGCUACGGUUUCUCUGCCAUGCAGGGCUGGCGGGUCUCCAUGGAGGAUGCUCACAACUGUAUCCCAGAGUUUGACGAAGAGACUGCCAUGUUUGCUGUGUAUGAUGGACACGGAGGUGAAGAGGUGGCUCUGUACUGUUCAAAGUACCUUCCUGAUAUCAUCAAGGAGCAGAAAGCCUACAAAGAUGGCAAACUUCAAAAGGCACUGGAGGAUGCCUUCUUGGCCAUCGAUGGCAGGAUAACCACAGAGGAAGUCAUCAAAGAGCUGGUCCAGAUCGCUGGGCGACCCACUGAGGAGCCACCCACUGAAAAGGUGGCAGAGGAAGAUGAUUUGGACACAGAGGAGGCAGCUUUGCUCCACGAGGAGGCCACAAUGACCAUAGAGGAGCUGCUGGUACGAUACGGCCAGAACCGCAAUGCUGUCAAACAUGCAGCUGCCACAAGUGCUACAGCAAAGAAGGGGUCCAGCCCACAGCCUGAGGCUUCAGCAGACCAAGGGGAAGAUUCAGAUGAGCAGAAGAAAGAGGGACUAAAUGGAGAAGUGGAGGAGGAGGACAGCAACGAGAAGACGAAGGAAGGUGAAGGAGUAACAUGUGGCUCUAAGCUACGAGCCUGUCGGCGAAGAGGAGGCAGCGAAGGCAGUGGUUCAGCAGCUGACAGUGGAGCUGACUCAGGAAGCUCCAAUGGCGAGGAAAAGGCUGGUAAAGCAGAAGGAGAUGCAGGUCCCUCCUGCUCCUCUUCAUCCUCAAAGGUUGCAGGAGAUUCCAAGUCCAGAUUUUUUGAUGACAGUGAGUCUGAAGGAGAGGAGGAGGAGGAGGCAAGUGAGGAAGAGGAUGUCAGUGAAGAUGAAGAUGGUGACAGCAGUGAGUUGGAAGAAGAGGAGGAUACAGAAGAGGGAGAGGAAGACUCUGAGGAUGAAGAUGAGGAGGAAAUGUGUCUACCUGGAAUGGACGGCAAAGAGGAGCCCGGCUCAGACAGCGGCACCACGGCCGUCGUGGCUCUGAUCCGAGGGAAGCAGCUGAUUGUGGCCAAUGCUGGAGACUCUCGCUGUGUGGUGUCUGAACGCGGCAAAGCUGUUGACAUGUCAUAUGACCACAAGCCAGAGGAUGAAGUGGAGCUAGCUCGUAUCAAAAACGCUGGAGGGAAGGUGACAAUGGAUGGACGUGUCAAUGGUGGACUGAACCUUUCCAGAGCCAUUGGUGACCACUUCUACAAGAGGAACAAGUCUCUGCCGCCAGAGGAGCAGAUGAUUUCUGCCAUGCCUGAUGUUAAAGUUCUGACACUUAACGAGGAGCACGACUUUAUGGUCAUUGCCUGCGAUGGCAUCUGGAAUGUGUUGAGCAGUCAGGAGGUGGUGGACUUCAUCAGUGAGCGGAUCAAACCAGACCAGAGUGGCAAAGCCAGACCUCUUUCAUCUAUAGUGGAAGAGUUGUUGGACCACUGUUUGGCCCCUGACACAUCUGGUGACGGGACAGGAUGUGACAACAUGACCUGUGUCAUUAUCAGCUUUCGGCCACACUCGUCUUCCACAGAGUCAGACGACACAAAGAAGAGGAAGCACGCAGAGGAGGGAGAUGGGACUGAGCAGGAGAAGAAUGGGAAUGACAGCAAAAAGGCAAAAAGUGACUAAAGCGGAGAUGAGAGAAGCUGUCCCAGACGGAGCAGCUGGUCCCAGGCUACCCCAGACACACCUUCUGUUCAAAAUUAAAUCCUUACCUCACAAACAUCAUUUCACCACGAAGCAGACAUUACAAAGGCUAUGCCAAACUGAGACCAUAAGAAUAGUUUUUUUUUUUUUUUUCUCUGUUCUUGGAUUUUCCCUUAAGACACACCCUGCAGUAGUUUCUUUUCAUUCAGAUGGAAAGAGGCUGGAAACACUUGUAGUUCUUAAAUUCACAAAAGGCAGACUCACCAGUCAGUAACACACUAAAUAUCACAUCAGUUUCCUACCAGUAGGGGGCUGAAGGGAGAGUCGGCCUAAAGAGCUAGAUGUGUAGAGCCCUUAAACAAGCACCGCACUGUCUCUUUUUGUUUUAUUUUUUUGUAUGUUUUUGUUUUUUGUCACUUUCCAAAUGACGGUUUGUUUUAGUAAAGGUUUGAGGGCAGUUCAUCAAGUCAUCUGAGUCAAAUUCAUGUUCACAUAUUAGUGUGACAUAUGUGCUUGCAUUGUGACUUUGCAGUGUAAAAUAUUUGUUAUUCAGACAUGAAACUGCACAAUGCCCUCUUGAUUUUUGCCAACUAUGAAUUCCUAUUUCACAUCCUCUUCAGACUAACUGAACCCAGAGCAAGGAACUUGAAGCUGGUUGUCACAUGGUAACUAUAGGAAUUAAUUGAAUGACAGGACUCCCAAACUGAAGCUUCAUGAUGCUGUGAGAAUGGAUUAGCUGGGUCAGUUUGUGUAGCUCUACACAGAGGGACCACACAGAUUUGGGGUCUUUGUUCAGUUGCUUUUUUUUGCCAUUUAUAUUUUUCCCUUUUUAGCUUUUUUGAAUUUCAGUUUUGCUGGUGACACAACAGCCCAACACAGCACUCUUUGUCCUGCCUUUUUUUCAUUCCUGGUUUGUGUUUUAUUUUGUUUAAAUUCUGUUACCGGAUGGGAAACAUGCCAGGGUUUGUGAGCUAGUGUGAUUUCCAUCUGUAAGAUUUGAUAGCGGGGGAACCGAGGCAAGCCUUGAAUGUCCAUCCAGAGGGAAGUGCCGAUUGGAGCUCGGGACUCACACCUAUAUUCACAUCACUUACUGUCGCUGUCUGUCUCAUUCCCAUUGUAACUCAUUUUUUAAGGAUAUCUUUAGGAUGUUUUAAGUAAAAAAGUAUUUCCACUCAGCUGUUUGUUUUUUCAUUUAUGAUAAUCAGUCCUCUGGCAGUUUUCUAAAAAAAUAAAAUUAAAAAAAAAAAAUCCUUUUGUGAGCACACUCUGAAAACUCCUUGAUGCUGGAAUGGGGCAGAAUGCACAAGGUUAUUCUUUUGAGUGGAACUACAGUUUGAAGUUAAUAAGACAGCAUAGAUUUUGUUUUCUGCAGAAGCCUCAUUUAAAACAUUGUGACUGUAAAGUUGUUUCCAGUGUCCUAUCUUGUCACCAUGCCCUUUUUUCUGUACAUAGUUUUUCAAUACUGGUAAUUGAAGAAGAAGAAAAUGCUUUUUCUUUGUAAUCGUGAGUCAGUGUGACAUUUUGGUGCAUACUCUUUUGACACCAGUAUGUAAGUACAUACAAAUACAUUUUUUUAAAUAAUCAAACUGUAUUCCUCUGUGUGUGCCUGUUAUUUCUUGUUUGAGACAAAUGUGUGUGUUUUAUAGGGUUGAUCAAGCUGACAUUAUUGCUUAAGUUUGAGUGUUGCUGUUUCUGCUGUCUUCUACAUCUGCAG